GCUUAACUAAAAAAGUAUUUGAGGGAAGUUUACAGUAAAAAAAAAAAAAGUAUGUUAUAAUGUAGAGUUUAUUGAAAGCUUUGUUUGUUGAAAUUAGAUAUUUCUUAUGGUAUUGCUCAGUACAACACAGUUGCUCUGUCAGUGUGUCUGGGAAAGAAAGCUGAGUCACCUAACUAAACUUUCCCUUUUUUAAACAUUAAUGUUUAAUGGUUUGUUCCUGCUGCCAGGCUAGAGGGAACUCUUUUUUUUAAUUUAGAACAAUUCCAGUAUCUACUGUAGCAACUGACUUUGACAAAAAAAAGAGCAUAUUUCAAGGCAGACUUGCCUGGCUGAGGUAUGGGUCUCUGUCCCCUGUUUCACUUAGAUAGAUGGAUAGGUAGCUGGUCAGUAGGGAUGUAACAAAACAGUCCAUCCUGACUUUGCUUCUCUACUUUUACCUGGCCUGCAGUCACUGCAGAGGUCACAUGUCACAUACUGGGCCGGUUGCAUAACACAGGCGCAACUAAAUCUUGUUGGAAGAGAUGGCCUUGCAGCUACCACCCCAGUACAUUCCAAUCCACUAGAUCAGCAAAUCAGUGUGCAAGGUGAUGAACGCUUAUAAUUCAUAUACAUAUUAUCUUCUUUUUCUCAAUUGCUUUGAGUCUGUCUUCCUUUGUUACAAAUAUCUCAGAAACAGCUUAAAGGUAUAGUUUGUAAUAUUCUGUUUUUUGUUUUGUUGUAUUGGAAGUAUGCAGACUCACUGUCCUUCUCAGUGGUCAGUGCUAUGAACACAUUUAUAAUGCACUGAUUCAUGUGAUUUAGGUGAUGAUAGUGAUGCUAGUACAACUUUCACAAUUUCUAUAAAUUGAAUCAACUACCAUGGUCAAAUUCUUUUUCUUUGUGGAGGUUUGUUGGUUUUCGUUGAAUGUAAGAAAUGUAAUUCUCUGACUCAUCUAAGCAAAACCUCAAUAAAUGAUUGAUGAAAUGUCUGUUUGGCUAAAAAUAGUGAGUUUUCCUGUUGAGCAGUGCUUCUCCAACAAUGCUUUACAAAAAUCCUUGAUACAUAAACACAUCCACCUCACAAUACUACAAAAUAGUGUUUUGUGACAAGAUAAUAAAAAGCAGAUUUAUUUCCACAAAUGGGAUCCAAUCUUGGCUCGUUUAGGUGGACACACGUGCGUUGCUUCUUCUUCUUUUGACACUAAUGGUAGAUCUACCUCUCCUUAAUUGUUGCAAUGGCACCUACCAGGUAUUUGGUUGGCUACUGAAUAUUUACCAGAGGAACACAAUCAAUUUAUUUUCAGAAUAAAACAAUAACAGGCUGGGCAUUGUCACUGCUAAUGAGCAUGAAAAAAAUGUUGUGUUGCUCUGCCUGGCAGGCAAACAUUUCCUGCACUGUAGUUGAGUGUUGACUGUGUGUGGCAGCAGGUGCCCUGUAGGCAUGGAAAAACUCAUUACAGCUGCUCAGUGGCUCAAUUGGCAAGUGAAUAAUGGCUUUAUUGUGUUCGGUUGAGUUAGAACGUUGGUCAGGUGGCAGGAAAAGGCUUAGACAGACUUCAGAACCAAAACAAACUCUCCCCAUAGUCUUUGUAUAGGCUGUGAAGGUGGAAAAUGGGUUAUACUUCUGGUAGUAUUGCUUUCUGGCUUCCCUACCAACAAGAGGCCUAUUUGGGAGAAAGGAAGUGCCUGGGCGCCUCACUUCCUGUUUAUAGAGUUUGUUCCAGGCGAGAAUAAGAGGGAGGGUAUGCUGCAGUCUUGAUGAACAAGGAAGCCAUUAGUUCGGAGGUAAGGCUUCCGUAUUUGCUUUCUGUCUCUAAUUAAACCACCUACUCUGACUUAUGCUGCAUAGCUGUGAAAUUGCUUCUGUGUUGCAGCAGUUUGGGCAGCUGUGUUGACACAUUUAUAUCAAUUAUCUUCCAUGUGACUGUUUUGAAUACACAGAGUACAUCUUAAGCAGUGCAGAAUGAUGGCUCGGACAUCAUGCCCAGGUUUGUGCGUCACAUCUUUGACCUCAACUUGUAGGACUAUAUUUAAUCAGAAGGAGCUGUGGAGAGGAUGCUGCAGAGCUAUCAGGGACGCUGCAGAGUGCUGACUCCACUGUGUUCUGAGGUGACGUUAAUAGCAUUUUAUUGCAGCUGCCCUGCCAGAAAGGAUUGAAUCUUAAACACGCUUUUAUAUCACAGAUGGUUUGUCUGUGAUGUUAGCAGCACCUUUUACUCUACCAUUGUUGACAUCUUUGUGUUGCCGAGAGAUGUCCCAUUGCUGUAGCUAGCCCUUUCCCAGGAGAGAUGAUGUCACAGUUACUCCUCUACAUCAGGCUAAUCAGAAAUUUGUUUACACCUGAAAUCUGUAGACAAUCUGAGACAAAUUCUCACACACACACACACACACGAUCAGCUACUCAAGGGUAGUCAUUGUUGAUUGAAUUGUUGAUUAAUAGCAUCAGAUCACGACCACAUUCCUUCUUUCUGCUUAGGAAGUGCUGCCUCUGCAGAGGAAAAGAUGACAUUGUGUGACAGCAGUUACAGAGGGUAACUUGCAUCCCUCUGCACUCGGCACCAAGGACAACUAUUGAUUUGACCUUUUUUGCCUGCUUUCAAUCCAUCUCUUUUAUUUUGUGACUUUGGCAGCAGCUGCCUUUAGUCAAUCUGUCCCAGAACCAUUGACGCACCAUCUGUAAAUAACAUUUUUCUGGUAGCAUGUGACGUAAGGAUUUUAAAGUAAAAAAAAGUAACAAAACAGACAUGAUAGUGUUGCUGUUCUGGGGUUGUUGAUUCUUGUGGCUUUUUGGGAUGCAGUCUGUUCCCCUUUCUCACAGCAGACUGACACUGGGCAUGCUCAGUUAUUUCCUCCAUGCCAGCCUGACAAAGGGCUGGGCUGUGCUGUGGUUUCACUGUCAUCUUAACAAUGUCCUUUAGGAAACACAAAACAUGCAUGGCUUUGUCCCAGAAUUUCCAUAACAUUUGCUGCCUUUUUCUCUUUGUCUCUAUGCUUUCCCCUCCCCAGAGAGUCAGCCCCUUCCUCUUCUGUGUUGUAGACACUACAUGUGAUGUUGUUUAGUCUUGAUUACAACUUGUCUCUGCUUUCACCUUGUGCCAAACACGUACACACCGCUGUUUUCUUCUGAUUAGACCCCAGAGAAGGAUAUUUACUGACAUCCUUACGUGAUCUACUGUCAACGCUAAUUACUAGAAAAAACAUCUUGGGUGUGUAACACAUGUUCUGCUGCUCUGGGUAUUGGACUUUACAGUUGGUAAACUUAGUAUCUGACUACUGUUUGCUUUUGUUCAGCCUUUUUUGUUUUGUGGCACUGCCCCAGUUAUUACAGGUAGGUUUCCAUAACAGUGAGAGGUCAUUAAAUCUGUUUUAUUUUGUUAUCAAAAUAAAAUAAUAAUAAUAUGUUAUCAUUUAAUAUGUUAUCAUUUUUUCUGCCUAUGUUUGUGAAAUUAAGUGUUUCUCAAUUUUACAGAUAUAGAGACUAAUGUCGCAGCCACACUGUAGUAUGUAGUAUAAACAAUACUCGCUAGCAUUCCAAAUAUUGUAAAACUGAAUUUAAGCCUAGUUAUUUAUUUUAAUUACAUUAUACACACAUGCUUUCACACACAAAGAACCAUCUUGGUCUUCUGAAAACACUGAGGCCCCGUUUUAUUCUACUUUCCAGCGUUUGAUACCUAUCCUUAAUUACUAAAAUAGUUUGUAAUCCUCUUUUAAAAAUUGCUCUUAUGUUCCAUAGCAGCUGUACUUGGUCAGAAUACUAAAACAGCAAAUUGUUUUUUAAAUUUAAACAAACCUUUCUGUGUGUACGUGUUCCGUGUGCGAACAGUCUGUACUCUUCUUUGAAAGUGACCUUGUUUACUCUGUGUGACCAUGCAAUUGUUCCAGAUAAGCAAAGUACCAGAUGUGAGUUGGCUGUUUUUUUUUUUUGUUUUUUGUUUUUUUUUUCAAAGCCGGACUCUCACAGACUUUCUCUUUGAUGACUGGUGAUAUGUUGUAAAUAGAAGGUUUCCUCUCCAGGAUCACUCACGUUGGUAGACCCAGAAUGAUUUUUCCUCCUUGCAUCCAGUGUUUUAAUCUAAUCUGGAGUAAUGUUUUCUCCAAAUCUUGUUUCUCUAAUCAUACAGUUAUUGUGAAAUAUAAACCAAAUGUAUCUGUAAUCAAAAUGAGAAUUUCUGUUGUAUUUUCUUCAUCCAUGCAUAACUUUCUUUUAAAGACAACUGUCAUGUGUCCAACUUGAGAUGCAGGGCAUAAAAUGGCAAGGCCACGUGAGUGUGGGCAUUUACUGUAAUGCCAGACAGUCUGGUAAUGUGUCUGCUAAUGCAGGAAAUGGUCCCCACCACCUGGGAAUAAGUUUCCUCAAAAUAUCUGCCUUCAUCUUUCAUGUCUGUUUGUUGUUCUUAACGUCUUUUUAGUUUGAGGGAAUGCAGACUCACGGCAGAACUUAUGCAAUGUACCUAGAAACAGACCAAGUGAACUAAUGUGCUCUGACUGUAGGUCGUGGGACAGCUUCCAGCUCUAAUCAGUUGGUUUAAAAGCUGUUUUUUUCUGGCCUGAUGGCUUCUUUGAAUGAAAUUCACCUCAGCUGCUCAUGCUGUCAACAAAAUACCCUCUUUAUGUAGCAAAUAUUUUCAACAUUCUUCUUAUGGACAACUCAUUCCACUUUUGAAGCCCUGGUUACCUGAGUAUUAGGUGCAACCUACAGACACAGUCAGUGUAUUUACAUUAUAUUUGAAACAUCUAAAUUAUAAAGUCAGUUUAACUGGAAAGUCAUGAUAUCCUGACUUCAGUAAUAAUUGCAUUUUGAAAAUGUACUAUGUUGAGUCUAGCCAUAGUGGGACUUUAUAUAUACAUAUAUCAGAUCUGAUAGAAGCAGCAUGCACUACUUCAGGUCAGUGUGGAUGUCCACAACAGAUGGUUACUUUGACUAACUUGCUAACACUAAACAUGUCAACCCAAAGUUCAAUAAGUAAUAUGGUAUCUUUUUAAAUAUAUUUAUGUCAGCCACAACUGAGAGCUGAUAUUGCUCUUGUGGUUUGUCUUUAUUUUAAAAUGUGUUACUAGAAUUUAUAUUUUUCCUUCACUCUAAACAAGCGAGCUCUGUUACUCUGACCCAUGUACGCACAUCCUGUGCAAACAUGUGUGCCACCCUACUCCCUCUCCCGCCUUCUCAUCUCUGUAUCCUCCAUCUAUCCCCUUAUUCCAUGACGCUUUUUCUCCAAUAUCCUGCCUCCAACUUAACCAACCACACUACCCAGCAUGACACACAGACUGCCUCUUGUGCUCAAGUGCAAACAGUAAUGUGUUUGGCCACAGCUCUUCUCCCUUCAAGCCCACCCUUUUUUUUUUCGUCAUUGACUCCCCUCUGUUGCUCCCAUACUUAACCACCCCUCGUUUAGUUUUAGUGGAGAAACAAUCGUUCUACAGCACCUUGUUUUUUCUUGGUUUCCACUCUAUUUUAUGACCUUCCUUUUACUGAGCCAGACUAGCAGUAGUGGAAAGUAAGUCAUUAAAUUUACAUCUGUCGCCGAGGUCCAAGUUUGGUUUCAGGUGUCAGAAAAAUUCACACUCCCUUCUUGUAAAAUCCAAAAUAGAGGAGUAUAAAAUGGAAAACUUGAGCUGGCGCUGUGUAAGGUGGAGACAAAUCAGGACAUAAAAGCAUUUUUUAGGUUUUGUAGCCUACUUUAAGAUUUCUGCUCUACAAAAAACUGCUGAAAGCUACAAAAAUGCCUGUUUUUGAAUUUACCGAUUUCACAUCUCUGCACAUUCACAUAUUCUACCAGCAGGUAGCAGUGUUGUUACAUCUCAUGUCUGGUUAGUCUGUAUGUGUUUGAAAAGACAGAGAAACAGGGGAGCAAGAGAGAUGGGGGAGAGUUGGAAUGUUCAAACUUAUCGUGACUAAAACUAACACACACACUCCUAUGCUAGGUAUGAGCAGUUAUCUUGGUGACAUUUUUGUUUCUGUUUCAGAAAUGUUCAGAAUUUUAUCUGCAUUUGGAAGAUCAACAGGUUCAACUUGUAUGUCCUUACGUCAAUGCCAAGGUUAUCAUACCCUUCUAAGAAAGAAAUGCAUUCUUUCAUUGAAUUUUGGUGGAACUCUGAGGCGUUGGUAAAACGUAUUCACAUUUCACAACACGGGGUUGGUUCUUCACCUGUGUGAUAUCUCCGCUUGUUGCGUGAGCAGCACAUUUUAACUUUUAUGACCUUAUUUUGGGUGAUGAGUCAUUCCAAUAGUAUCACAAACAAUAGACGACUUCAUUACAAUUUCUUUGUUGAUGUGCCAGAGGACAGUUUUGCUUGUUAGCAGUGGUGUGCAUCUGCAUGUUGCAGGUUAUUUCACAUUGCUGACCUCACACCUGACCUUCUCUGCAGGAGUGCAUGUCUUUCUCUGGUUGGGCGUGAGGGAGGGGUUUGCACUUGAAAGACAGGUGUUUAGCUGGCCAGGUGGUGAUAGAAAGACUCCCCCUGUUAAAGAAUGUAGGGAGGAGUGCAUUGGGCGGCUGGCCGAGGCAUGCUGUGACAACCUCCCACAUUGAACCAAACUCGUUUACUCUUCCCACUUAUCCAAAAGUUCUGGUUUUCUAUCAUUCACUCAUUUUUUGGUCUGUUCUGUUGCUCUGGUGCCUGUGGUGCCAUGUCUUGACUCUUCUCGUUCAACUACAUCCAACUACUCAUGUCCUUACUUCCUUCCUUCUGCUGCCUCCCAUUUUGUUCUUUUGUCCACUGUUCAGCUUGCAUUGUUCCAGAAAUGGUGGUAGUUUCCCCCAGUAUUUAGAAUUGAGUCUUCAUUUCAUUAAUCAUUUUAAUUUGCAUAGUACCAGCAUCAUUUAUACCAGGAACCUUGCUCAAUGAGCUAAAGUGUUCCCGUGUACAGUGGUUGUCUGUGUUUUUACUGCAAUAAAACAACUUGAUUAAUAACUUGAACAAGAUUAUGCUAAAUAGUCAUCUGUGUGCCGAAACGUUUUACAAAGUUCUUAACAUAUAAAAUAUACAUGUUAAGUAGGGAUGCACCGAAAUACAAAUUCUUGGGCGAAAACCGAAAAUGAUAAAACCAAGGCCAAAAAUUUAAAUACUGAAAUAAAUUAUUAUGCCAUUUAUUAAUACUGUUGUAUUCAUGGCUAUGACUGUACUAAACCUCAAUAAAAUCAAGGCACUGUGAUUGCAUAAAUUAUAUAAUAAAUUAAUAAUUGUCAAUAUACUUAUUUGUGAAAUGUCUAGCAGAGAAGUCAAAUGCUAGUCCACAUAGGAAGUCAGAACAGAAAAUUCAGUGCAUCCCAAGUUCUAAGUUUCAAACAACCUAUCAUUCCUUUCCUUUUACUUUUAUUGUCCUUGAUUCACCUUUUUUCCAGUUGUCAUUUCCAGAUGUUACUGAAGUCCAUCAGGGACAGGCUCUUUUCUCUGCUUAUACUGUCUGUAAAAUAAAGCAAUAACUUUGGACUUUAACCUUUUGCAUCCAUAUAUAUAUAUAAUAACUCCUUGACAUAAAAAGCUGGUUUGCACCAGUCUGUGUCACUGAUUGUUCUACACCUCAUGCUCACGACAUCCACUUCGGGGUUUUCUGUCUGCUCCGUGUCUCUUGUCUUUUUUUGUUUUUGUUUUCGGGCAUUGCAGUGUGUACAGAGCGCAAUGGCAUGUCUCUGCAUGCAGCCCUUCCCCAGGAGGAAUGCAGCGCAAAGGAGAGUUUAAGCCAGAGAGAAAGGGAGUGCACAUGUGAAGAGGGGGAAGAGAUAGAACAGGGAGAAUCGGACAAAGACAUUAGGUAGAAAAGAAAAAUAAUAGAUCACAUCUUUUGAAAAGAAAUUGUUCAUAAGUCGAGUGAUUUUUGUCACAGUAUAAAAGCUUUGGUCAUGGAACAAUGGGUAAAGGCAGAAGCUGUAACUUUUUUCACUCAAGGCACUUAGAAGUUUUUAUGUAGUUUUUAUGUUGUGGGAUUUAUGUCUAACUUUUUACUUUAAAAAAAAGAAUAAGCGUAUAAUAAACACGUUUUUCCCAUGCCCACUCUGUAAAAAUUAAAACAAGCUAAGCAAUAUUUUGUAUUUGCCUAUUGUCCAAAAAGCUUUUAUGUUUUUGUUUAAUUUCUAAAAAUAUAUAUUACUAAUUUAAUUAAUUACUUCAUUCAUUUAAAUGUGUUGGCUCACUUGGCCCUUGUCCUAACCUUCUUGGACACAACCAUUCUUUACAUUGACAUGUCAUAGAAGCAUGAUGGUUUGGUUUAAGCUACACAAAUACAGGGUUAAAAACGUGAAAUUAGUUUUUGGAGCCUGUUUGAUUUACUUGUUCUCAGAUUAGUUCUUCAAUAUGUUUCUAGAGUGGCAGACAGAUGAUGAAUUUUAGGUUAUAUAUACUGUUUACCUGUGGUGAUGAACACAACCCUCUUUUGUCUUACAAUGUUAUUAUUAUAUGGUGGGCUGCCAGGUUCAGUUUUUAUUUGAUAAUCCUCUUACUGCUCAAUAACAUCAGUCUGCACAGUUUUCAGUGGCUUUUAUUAAUUAAUUUUAGUUUUAACAUGUUUUGGUGCCUGACCUGUGUGUCAAUUCAAUCUGAGCGGUGAUUGGCUGAAAAGCCACAGUGGCUUUAGCUGUUGCCAAGCCCUGAGGCACAUCUGCUCUGGUUGUGACUUAUUUACUGCUGGCCUUGAAUCAGUGUUUUCUUUGUCUCAAAUAGGUGGAAUGUGGGCUGACUUUCAGACCCAACCUGUUGUGCCAGCCAUUUAUUUUGAGCAGCCAAGUGAGUGUUGCUGACUUGCCUGCUUGGACCCACCCAUUUAAAUUAAGCUUUAGCACAGUUUUCCUGUUCAUUUAUCUGAUCCAUAUCAGUGGAUGGUUAAAUUGGGUUACACUUUUGUUUGUAAGUUUUGAAUACAACAUACUGUUACUGAAUUUUUUUUUUUUUUAACGACUGCCUCUUCCAAAAAGCUUGUGUUUUGUUAAUCAAAAUGACUCAGUUACAACUUCAUCUGUAUCCACAAAAUUGUUGAAGGGUUAGACAUAACCCAAGAAAGAAAACAUUAAAGUCUGAAGCAGAUGUGGUGGUUUGAAAACAGGAUUUUUUAACUCAUCAAAGGCAUUUAGUAAAAUAGUCUUAAAAUAAUUUUGUGUUUGCGGUAGUUAUGGUGUAACUACUAUGGUGUGCUGUAAGGGUUCACUAAUCUUUAAUCUCUGACAUCAUGACUUUUCCCUCAAGCUUUGAUGGCCCAUUCUUUUUAUAAUUUGUAAGACCUUUUGGCAUCAAAUUCAGUCCAGUCUUUUGUGAUUUUGUUUAAAAAAGAGCAUUGUAUACUUUUUGAUAAUUCCUGAAAUAAGAAAACAACCAUUUGUUGGAAUUUUGUUGCUGAUAGACCUUAAAACACUUUUCUUUUGUGUCAUUCAAUUUAAACCUAUAACAUAUGUUUAUGUGCUCACUUAUCUAAAAUUUGCACCCUUUGGUUCAGAGGAAACCGGUGGUUAGUGAAUGAUGCUCUUUAUAUACAUGAGCACAGAAGGUGUCUGUAAUGUUAGAAUAGAAAACUUUGUGCCAGACAAUGGAAUGUGGCCGUUGGUUUCCAUCCACGUCACACAUUACAUAAGCAGCCUCUAAAAGCUCAGUGGCUCCGUCUCCAUCUUUACCUGCCCCAUUAGCCUGCAGCAAGAAAAAAAAAAAACAUAGGCAGCUGCAAGACAGCAUGACUUGUUUAAACUAAGUAAAAGGUCACUUAAAGCUAAAAGCCACCUGCUCAAUUUACUUUCACGCCUGAUUCAUUAAAGCACACUAACACAACAGUGGGUACCCAGUUCCAGGACAGGCCUCAGUGAUCUUGAAUGUCCAGUCUUCUAUUUUUAGUGGCCAGAGGGAUGUAAUGGUUAAAGAUAAAUUAUUAGAAAGUUGCCUCUACAUAGGGUUACCUUCCUAGACAAACUCUUUGUAAUUUAAGUAAAGGAAAGAACCACAUUUUUAAACGUUUUCCACCUCUCAUUAUAUUGACUAGAUCGAUAAUUCAAAAUAUUUGUCUGACUAAUUGACUAUGAAAAUAAUACUUGGUGCAGAUGUUGCUACAUAAGAAGUAAUUUAAUGAGCCCUUGCUCAAAAAUCACACCCACCAAGCUCCCUUCCAAUCUUGUGUGCCCUCUGAUUGGAGAGUAGGGUGGGAGUCAGUCGUGCAGGAUGAGGGUUUGGAGAGUCUACCUACGAUUCUUCAGAUUACACAGGCUUUAAACAUGCAUACAUGAGGUGCAUAAAAGGGUCUUACGGUUUAUAGUGAACAUCCUUCAUUGGUAUGAUUGCAGUCUCUACAUGAAACUUCAAACACACAAAUUACACAAAACCACAGACUCUUUUAUCUUUGUUUCAUGACCACAUCCCCCUAAGUGCAUACACACACUCCCAAGCAAACAUGUCUCCAAAGAUAAGCCUCUUCAUGCCACUUGGCUGGUGGUCCAGUAUUUCUCACAGGAACCCUUUCAGGGUCCCACAAGUUUUAUCUCAUUGAGAUACAGAAAGAAAAUGUAUUUAUUUAGGACUACAAUAAGAAAACCAAAGUAAAUAAAUAUUUUCUAACCAAUUUUCACAGAACUUAAAUUGCUUCUAUUAAGAAGUUAACUGAUCUUAAAAAGACCAUUUCCAUUAUAUCUAUAUGUUAUAUAUUUUUAUAUAUAUACAAUGUAGAAAGUAAAGUAGAAGCUGCACAUUAAAUAUUAAAAAAAAAACACAAAACAUUAUAAAACUUCACAAUAGUCUAUAGUCAUGGUCUGACCACCUGUUGUAACUACAAAAAGCAACAACUAUGUCCACAUGGACAGACCCUGACGUCACGACAGCCCAUCCACCUGAUCCUAUCCGCCUUCUCUGAUUGGGCCAACUUUGGUCCGGGGGUUGGUCCAAUGACGUGGUCUUGAACAGGUUUUCCUACGUGCUGGAAAGUUGGUUCACAUCACUUCAGCCCCGCAGUGAUUUGGACGUUACAGUAGAAGUAGAAGGGGGAAGUAAGAGGGAUAUUCUAACGGCAUAUCUCCAUGUUUUAAAUUAUGCUCAGCGAUUAUCGCUCCUUUCCCGGAGAUAAGACGGACAUGCACUCUCAGAAAAACUCCAAAAGUGGACUAAGUUGCAAAAUGGUGCUACAGGCAGUCGGAAAGGUGCUAAGGAAGUCAAAGACGAAACCAAAUGGAAAGAAGCCUCCAGCAGAGGAGAAGAAGCAGUACCUGGAACCAGAGUUCACAAAGAUCCGUGUGGUGGACUUUGACCUCAAAGAGCUGGUGGUGCUGCCCAGAGAGAUAGACCUCAAUGAAUGGCUAGCCAGCAACACAACUACAUUCUUCAACCUUAUCAACCUGCAGUACAGCACCAUCUCAGAGUUCUGCACUGGGGACACCUGUCAAGCCAUGACAGCCUGCAACACAAUAUACUACUGGUAUGACGAGAGGGGGAAGAAGACGAAGUGCACUGCUCCACAAUACGUCGACUUUGUAAUGAGUCUCUGUCAGAAACUGGUCACAGACGAGGAAAUCUUUCCAACGAAAUAUGGUAAAGAGUUCCCCAACUCCUUUGAGUCCUUGGUAAAGAAGAUCUGCCGGUAUCUGUUCCAUGUGCUGGCUCACCUCUAUUGGGCGCACUUUAAAGAGACAGUGGCUCUGGAUCUUCAGGGCCACUUGAACACUCUAUAUGCACAUUUCAUCGUUUUCGUAAGGGAAUUCAACCUGGUUGACCCCAAGGAGACCUGUAUCAUGGACGACCUGUCCGAAGUUCUCUGCACCCCUGCACCGCUGCCCGCUCUGGCCCCCUCCACUCCAGCCUCAGCUCCUUCCCCCUCUUCACAAAACCACGUGACGGAGAGAUGAGCAGGGUGACGGUGGUAAAACUGCAGCCCUGGGGGUGAUGGAGGAUAAGGAUAGAGGAGAGAAGGUAGACACAGCCUGGCCCCCUGCCUCAGUGCCAGCAGGACUUUAGAGACCUUCUACUACCCCUUAUAUUUCACUAUGACAUCAACCAACCAGCCACAAGAAAGAGGGGAAGGGUUUUUGGGAGGGAUUUGGUGUUUCAGGGAGGGGUUUGUCACACCAGCAGGGUUUGGUGUGAGUGUUCCUCCCAGAGGCAAAUCCCUCCCAUCUUCUCUGCAAUUUAAACCCGGAACAAAAUUGUGUGUAUGUGUUUUUUUUCUCCUUUUUUUGUUUUUGUUUUAUUUAGUUUUAUGUUUUUGCUGCAGGUAAGGGUGUGUCUGUGUAUGUGUGUGUGUGGGAGGGGAGUGGAGUGUGUCCGUGGGCCCUUCACCUCUCUCUAUCCUCUACCGAACAUACAGUACAGGAAGGGGGCUCUGCUUUGCUUCGGCCUAAUAUUGUACAGUGUUGUUGAUGUGUGGAGAAAGGCGUCUCUGCUCGCCUGCGGGCUCGCUCCUCCUGCAGUGACGGGAGACAGCUAGCUGACCCACGACCGCUACGUUGGCAAGUAGGGAUCCACGUUACUGCCUGAUGAGGUGAUAUUAGCCAAUCACUGUUUGGGUUGUUUGUCGGGAUGAUUAAAGCGCUUCCUACUCAGGACCUGAGAUAAUACGUCACUGCUGCCAGAGAGAAGUUGCUGUUUGUUCUCUCUUUUUCCACCCCCUUUUCAUUCUCUGUCCCCUGUUCUUUAGUCUGCCCAGCGCGCUAUUAGACAAACCAUGCUUCAACAUAGUCACCGGUUCAAUAUCCUUGUAACCAGUCGCGAUCAAGUUCCAGAGCCAACCUGCAGGGGGCAGCAAAUGCACAGAUAGAACAGAGAAGGCAAGACAGAGAAGGAAACAUUAAGAUUGUAUGAAAGAUGUCUAAUCUAAUCAGAGAAACCAUUGCUUUUGAGCUAGAGUAGACUGGUGCCCAUCUUUGGCUGAAUCAGCCCUUUUACUGGCAUGCAGCAGAGCAACAGCAGCUCCUCAAACCACCACCGCAGCCCCCGCUGCAGCCGCACAGAAGGACAAAGACAUUAGGUAAUGUCUGCAGGCCCACAGAGGGAGAGGUGGAGGUGGAGAGAGGGGGCGAGGGUGACGGCAGCAGAGCUGCCCUGCUGCUGAAAACACAUCACUGCUUCUACUGUAGUGCAAAAACCCAGACUCUUUUAGUUUGUUUUCAACUGUCGCUUUGAGGUUUCUGUUUGAGAGAAAGAGUAUCAAAGGAGAGUUAGUACAGAUAUAAUAACAAAAAUCGUAUCCGUACACAUGUAUAGAAAAUGCACAGUCUGCUUGGACUUCACUGUACAAAGAAUCGCAAGCGGGUUCCGUCAGACAUAGCCUUUGUGUGGAGGAGGAUGGGUUUUUAAUUCUCCUUUUUUAUUUAUUUUAAUUCUUUUUGCAGGGUUCUUCAGUUCUGGCUCUCAUUUUUAUGUAUUUUAAUUAUUAA